AUGACCAACAACAGCGACAAGCCCAACCAGGAGAAUUCCCAGCGCUGUCGUGCCAAUCAGUCAGCCGUGCCUCCCACCGCGUGCACUACUACCACUACUGCCGUCCCCACCGUAACCGUCUUAAUUCCUCUUUUCCAUCAGGCGGGCCUCCAGCAGCCGCAGCAGUCGAUGCCCCAUCCCACUGUCUACGAGGAUCCCACACCCAUAAUAAACUUGGAGGGCGAUGUUGAUGUGGACAUGAUCCAGCGCAUGGACAUUGAAGACGACCAGGUCCCACUUGUAACCCCUUCUUCACGUUUUGACGGCAAGUUUGGGCGACCCUCUGCGGAGGAAGCCAUCUUCACGAUCCCUUCCCGUGUGAUUCUGUCGCCCUCAACCGCUACGUCGCUGGCGCACCAAAAGUACCCAACUGCCUUUAAUCGUCCUUUUGACAGGACUCUGAACCGACCCUCAGUCAGUACUGCUGCUGGUAGCUCUUUGUCAGUCUAUCAAGCGGCAGAGGUGCAAUGUGGGACUGCUGCCCAACAGGGCGGUAGUCAAGCUGGUUCUUGCCUUCGCCCUGCGUCUCAGGAAAUGACCCCCCCGUGUCUCGGCCAACAGCAGCAGUGGCAGCAGCAGGGUGGUCCUACUCCAUUCCAUCCCCAGGCUGAGUCGUCCAUGUCCUUUUCCUCCACUGCAUCCAACUGGCCCUUGUUACAUCUCUUUGGCCAGACUGGUCUUGGCUUUGGCACGGCCGAACCCGCCAAAGGGUUUUCCUCUCCUUCCGCCGGCUCGAAUGGGCAACAUGGUCACAAACCCGUCCGACCUUCAUUAUCUCACCUUACGUGCAACAGCAACACUGGCUUUGGCAACUGUUCCUCUCUGUCAUCUAGCUCGUCGUCUGCUAUCCCCCUCCUUGCACCAGCUGCUAUCACCACCCCUGCAUUCGGACAGCCCUCGUUCCCAUCCAGUGUGACUCAGAUCACGGCUCCCACUCCUUCAAGACCUUUGGUUCCUAUGCCGUUCAGAUUCACUCUCAAAUCUCCCUUUCUGCCGCGUUCUGCUGCGGACUUUCACUACCAGCAGCAGCAGUUUCAGCAGCAGGAGUAUUCCCAGGCAAUGAACGCUAAUACCCCUUCGCCAUCUUCGUUCGUCAACCAGUCCAACGACGUCGCCGUCACCGCCGCUCUUUCAGAUGCUCUUCGCUAUCCAGAACUCAGUGACGCUCUGCAGCGGACUGUUAGGAAAAGACUAGACCGUAUCCGAAAAGAAGCCAACCGCAAGGAUCGUCAUCGUCUUCGCUCUGUUCAGAAGCAUCGUCGUCGUUGCAUGAUUGACACCGACUCUGGGCGAGAGGAGACUGAUUAUUCUGAGAAGUACCGCUGCUGUCAGAGUCUGCCUCGACCUUUAGAGAGGCAACAACGAUCGUCUUUGCCGAUCCAUGGUGGCCAGUCCAAAAAGGAUCGGAUAAUGUCGAGACGUGAGGUGAAGGAGCUCCAGUACUUCAGGCACCUCAAAGCCAAGUGUCACAAGAUGUUGAGUGAACUGGAUCUGAAUGAGCGCGAGCAUCAGUCACUCCUACGCACUUCGGCUCUGAUGGCAGCACCACCCCCAUCGCUGCCAUUUGCGAGUGACAUCAGGGCCUACCAAGAGUACCGUGCUCUCCACGCCAGUGUCGAUUACAACAAAAUCGAUCACGACCCCGAGGGGAUGAGAAAGUAUCAGGGACUCGAGCAAGUGGGAAGGAGCUUUCUUCAGGGGGAAAGCGGCUCUGAUCUUGCUCUUUUGGAAGAAAUGGCGAUGGGCGGCUUGACUUCUGCAGAGAGUGAGAGGACUACUGUUUUUGAUUCUGGUCUAACGGCGGAAGAGUGGGUGGAGGCUCAGGGUUGGAUGAGAUCGCCCACGGUUGAUCCGCUCAUGGUGUUUACUAUGCAUGCUCCCGACCGACCCGCUGGUGACAAUGAAGAGAGCGGUGCUGUUGCUGACACUAGCAGUGAGCCUUCUGCCGCCUCCGGUAACAACACUGCCACAUCGCGAUCGACCGAGCCCUCAUCUCAGCCAGCAGCUCCCACCACCAAUACCACGUCGACUAGUACCAGAACUAGUUCGCUCUGGAGAUUAUUCGAGUCUGUUGCCCCUCCCUCCACCAUCGCCUCUCGCAGUGCCGCCACCACCACCGCAAUAGCACCUGCUGAGACAACCACCUCUACCACAACCGCCUCCACUACCGCAUCCCCAUCAAUAACGCCUCUUCGCCAGUCGCCCUCCACCAACACCAACAUUGGUGCUACCACCUCCUCAAUCCAAACUCCCAUAAAAUUCCCCACGCCCCCUCAACAAGAACGCAGGACCCAAUCCCAAACACGUCGUCUCGAGUUCAAAAAUAACCCCCAAUCCCGGUACUUCUCCCAAGACAAAGAAUCGAAUCGCGUCGCCGCCAUCAGUCCCGGAGGUAGCCACACCGCCGUCGGUCCAUCCGUCAACGAAACCCUGAUCGAUAACGAGAGAACCAACCGGAACAAGGCUUUCAGGGGGGUUGCUGACGCCCGCAGGCAGGAAGAAGCAGUUUUGAGAGAAGAAGAAGCACAAGAGGCAGCCUUGAAGAAGGCGCGAAGAAAAUUUAUGCGCGCCCAGGUUCGGCGGGAGGAGGAGGAUGAACUGCUGGCGGAAGAGAUUCGGGAGCAGGAGGAUCGGGAUAGGAAGAGGAGAGAGGGCAAUGCGGUUCAGCCGUUGGACCCUGUCGUGGAGGAGGCGAAGCGACAGUGGAUUCUGGACCAGCUGAAGAAGCAGCGGAUUAGAGAUGAGUGUUUGGACGACGAGCUUCAGAAGUUGAUGGAGCUGGAGCGGCAGAGAGAUGAGCUUGAGCGGACGAUGUUGAUGGAACAAAGCCGUAUGGAGGAUGAGCAAGAGAAGCGUAGGGAGACUAGGAGGUUGCAGAUGAAGUAUGAUGAGGACCUCGCUAAUACUCGCCCUUCUUCACGCAGGAAAACCUCGGCAGCGUCAGGAUCAACCUCGGCCUCAGCUUCUAUCACAACCAGAACCCCAACCUUGAUGCGUACUACCAGCUAUGCCGCAGGACGAGACUCAACCUCCACCACCAACUCUAUGGUUCUAUCUGUCUUUGGCUCCCCUACUGCUGUUUCUUCAACGACUAACUCCAGUCCUGUCCCCGAUUCCCCACGCUCGGCACUGGCGCCCGGACAGGAAUCUCCUUCAGCUUUACCUGCAAGGCUGCCCGAGGCAGAGCAAAAACGGGAAGAUAUGAAUUAUUUGGCAGAUCGGAAUGUUGAAGAUCUAGCGCGGCGUGCUCGUGCUGCUGCACGAGAGGGAUCUCCUUUUAGAAGCGACGAAUCUGACACCGACUCAGGAGAGGAGUCACAAUCCAUGGCCAAGAGAAGACAAAUCAUUGAUAAAAAUGGCGACAGCGAGGAUAAUGAGUACGAACAACAGCAGCAACGGCAGGAUGGCAAGCACAAGCAACAGCAACAGGACGACAACAGCGCCGGUGAAGGAUCAUCCUCUGGUCGACGCCGCAAAACUCCGCAGGCGCUGCAGUUGGAGCGAGAUGAAGCUUUCGCACGUGAGCUACAAGACGGAGAGGACUCUCAAAGGUUAUCUACUCAGGGUGAGACCGACGAGGACACAGAGCAGAAGCUUCAGCGAUCGAAAGGUCAACGAGCGACAGCAGGAGUGACAGGAGCAGGAGUAGGAACAGGAAAUACCAUGACGCUUGAAGAACAGCGACUUGAGAGCGACAUGACUAUGGCAAAGCGGAUGCAGCAGGAAGAGAAUGAUGACGAACCACAGAGCGACAGCAAGUCAGGUUCUGUCGUUCGUAGGAAGCUUUCUCUGCGAAUUAUUGCUCAGAAGGAGAGGCUCUUGUCGUCCACCUCUGAGAGCACAACACCUGCAGCUUUACCAUCACGACCAAAAAAGACAGCCACCAGAACUCGCUCGAAUCCCUCGGCGGCCAAGCAGAAGCAACAGAAGCCACAAAAGCAGCACAAGCCAACCAUAUCAACACCAGCAACUGAGCAGAUCCAUCAGCACUACAGCACAACCGGUGCCCUCGCUGGCGAGUCCUCAACCACAACCACAAUCGCCACCAACACCACUCCAACAUAUUCCAGUAACCAACUUUCACCCCACGCAGAACCUGGAUCCUCUACCGCUACUACAGUCCUAGCGACCCCCACAGAGAACGGAACAGGGUCUCCAUCAGAAAAAGCACCCCCUCGUACCUCUCGUCGCAGUCAACGGAUCCAGGAACAAUACAUGAAUGAGAGCGUGUCAAAACACUUGGCCAAGGAAAAGGCGAGGAAGGAAGAGGAGGAGCGAAAGGCCAAGGAAGUGAAGAAGAAAGGUCGCAAGCCCAGGACGGUCAAAGAGGAAAAUAAGGAGGAGGAGGAGGAGGAGGAGGAGGAAGAGGAGGGGAAGGGGGCUACGAAGAAGGGUCACAAGCCAAGGCCAACCGAGGAGGAAGCAAAGGAGGAAGCUGAGGAGGUGAAGCCGAAAGGUAGAAAGCAUAAGGCCACUGAAGAAGCGAGUAGGGAGGAUAUCGUGGUGAAGAAGGGUCGGAAGCCCAAAGCAGCUAAGGAGGGGGAAACGAAGGAGGAAGCUACCGAGGCGAAGAAGGGUCGCAGGCCUAAGGCAGUCAAGGAUAAAGAGACAAAGGAGGACGCCUCCGUGGUGAAAAAGGUCCGGAUACCCAAGACGGCCACGGAGGAAAAGAAAAUGGAGGUUGAGGAGGAAAAGAAAAUGGAGGUUGAGGAGGCAAAGCCGAUGGACCGCAAGCGCAAGGGCACGGAUGAAGUGAAGGAGGAGGGGAAUGCCGAGUUGAAGAAGGUCCGGAAGCCUAGGACAUUCAAGAAGGAUACACAGAGGGAAGACAAGGCCAACGGUGAGAAAGGCAAUGGCAAGAGGGCUAAGAAACGAGCGCGAAAAGUCGUGAUCCCGUACCCCAUCCUCAUAGUACAACCGUAA